AUGGCUGACGAUAGUUAUGCUCGUGAGGAAGAAUUGAAUGAGGAGGAAGAGGUUGAUGAGAGUAGCUUCCGUGCAGUCAAAGAUGCCGUCCUCUUCGCCAUAGAUGUCAGCAGCUCGAUGUUGACACCCCGUCCUUCCUCCAAUCCCAAAAAACCAGGCGAAGAAUCCCCGACAUCUGCCGCCCUAAAAUGCGCAUAUCAUUUAAUGCAACAGCGCAUCAUAUCAAACCCUAAGGAUAUGAUCGGUGUUCUUCUUUAUGGAACCCAGUCUUCAAAAUUCUACGACGAGGAUGGAGAUGGCAGCGCUGAUCUCUCAUAUCCUCAUUGCUAUCUCUUUACCGAUCUUGACAUUCCCUCCGCGGAGGAAGUGAAAGAGCUCCGAGCUCUUGCGGGCAAUGAGGAAGAAGUGCGGGGAAUUCUACAGCCGUCUGAGGAACCAGUAUCUAUGGCAAACGUGUUAUUCUGCGCCAACCAGAUCUUCACUUCUAAAGCCCCGAAUUUCCUUUCGCGACGGCUGUUCAUUGUGACAGAUAACGAUAAUCCCCAUGCCGAUAACAAGGCUCUUCGAUCGGCGUCGACAGUUCGUGCACGAGAUUUGUACGAUUUGGGUGUCACUAUUGAACUCUUCCCCAUUUCGCGACCGGACCAUGAAUUCGACAACUCCAAAUACUAUGAUGACAUCAUCUACAAAACAGCACCGACCGAUGGUGAGGCUCCCGCUUAUCUUCAGCCUGACACCAAAACAUCCACCGCCCAAGGGGACGGUAUUGAACUACUUGACUCGCUAUUGUCAAGCAUCAACUCCAAAUCUGUAGCCAAACGGUCCAUCUUUUCCAAUAUUCCUAUGGAGAUUGGACCCGGGUUAAAAAUAUCGGUAAAUGGGUAUCUUUUACUCAGACGACAGGAGCCUGCACGGAGCUGCUUUGUUUGGUUAGGUGGAGAAACGCCGCAGAUCGCCAAGGGAGUCACUACACUGUUGACGGACGAUACAGCACAUACAGUUGAAAAGUCCGAUAUUCGAAAAGCGUACAAGUUCGGUGGUGAAUCAAUCUCUUUUACGCCAGAAGAGCUAUCAUCACUGAGAGACUUUGGGGAACCUGUCAUUCGGAUUAUCGGCUUUAAACCGAUGUCCGCCCUCCCAAUAUGGGCCAAUGUCAAGCACCCGACAUUCAUCUAUCCAUCCGAGGAGGACUACAUUGGCUCCACUCGCGUCUUCUCUGCGCUGCAUCACAAACUGCUCAAGGACGACAAAUUAGCCCUAGUUUGGUUCAUUUCGCGCAAGAAGUCUUCGCCUGUGCUUGGUGCCAUGAUUGCCGGCGCCGAAAAGACCGACGAUAAUGGUGUUCAAAAACUCCCUCCCGGGAUGUGGAUCAUCCCUCUCCCAUUUGCAGAUGACGUGCGGAAACAGCCACCUGCUGAUUUCGCGGUAGCCCCAGAAUCAUUAAUCGAUGCGAUGAAGCAAGUGUUCGGGCAACUGCAGCUUCCCAAGGGGGUUUAUGAUCCUGAAAGAUAUCCUAACCCAUCACUCCAAUGGCAUUAUCGAAUUCUUCAAGCAUUAGCUCUCGAUGAAGAUCAUCCAGGGGAACCAGAUGACAAAACUAUCCCCAAGUAUCGGCAGAUUCAUAAGCGAGCCGGCGAAUACGUUCUAGAGUGGUCCAAGGAACUCGAUACAAUUAACGAAAAGAUGUUUGGCGGACCACCAGAAAGAUCAACGCUUGUCAAACGAGGCCCAAGAGACAGUAACGGGGAUGAAGGAGCUAGCGAGCAGCCCUCGAAAAGGGUCAAGACUGAGUCCGAGUCUUCUGAUAUCGAUAGCGAUAUCAAGAAGGCUAUGGAGAAGGGAACUUUAUCCAAGCUCACGGUGGCAACUUUGAAGGAAUUCCUUACUUCCCAUGGUCGCGCCGCGGCCGGGAAGAAGGCCGAUCUUCUAGAGAGAGUGGAGCAGUAUUAUGAGGACAAGUCCUAG